AUGACUUACUGCCUUCCACCGCAUUUAUCGGCCUUCUUUACACCCAAGGAACCGAUCAAGUAUUUGCCACCUUUAGAUACUCCAUCGCAUUUACGAAAAAGAAGGCCUUAUACUGGUGUUAGUGUUUUCCUAUCGCAAUUUGAGACUGUUCGAAAUAGUGCUCCCAGUGUGGUUACGGAAACAAGAGAAGAGAAGAGAACGCGCCAGAAAAAAGAACGCUUGGAUAAAGUAUCAGCAAAACUACAAAAGGAUUUAGCACAAUGGGAUCCUCAUAACAAUCCUAAAGGUACAGAAGAUCCAUUCAAGACUUUGCUAGUUUCAAGAUUGAGUUAUGAUACAACUGAAUCAAAGCUAAGACGUGAGCUAGAAGCCUACGGCAGUGUCAAGUCUGUACGGUCGAUAUAUGAUCUUUCUGGUAAACCAAAGGGGUAUGCUUUUGUAGAAUUUGAGCAUGAGCGAGAUAUGAAAGCUGCGUAUAAAUACGCUGAUGGUAAGAAAGUAGAUGGACGGCGAAUACUAGUGGAUGUGGAGCGAUCGCGCACUGUCAAGAAUUGGCUACCUAGGCGACUUGGAGGUGGAUUAGGAGGUACCCGUCUAGGUGGUGAAGAUAUCAACGUCAAGCAUUCAGGGCGUGAAGAAAACAGAAUGGAUGAUAGUAGAGUUGGAGGAGAUCGUAAAGUUUCACCUGAUCGAGGUCUAGAUAGGGAUAGAAACAGAGAUAGACGAGACAGAGAUAGAGGAGACACAGAGAGAUACAGAGGCAGAGAUAGAGACAGGGAUCGUGAAAGAGAUCGUGAUCGUGAUCGUGACCGAUAUCGACCCAGAUAUGAUGAUCCAAACAGUGGCUAUCGUGGUAGAGGUAGGGAUUACAGAGAUCGAGAUCGAGAAAGAGACCGCAGAGAUAGAGACCGUGAUAGAGACCGAGAUCGAGGUAGAGAUAGGAGACAUGAUAGAUCUAGGUCCCGAGAGCGUCGAGAUUACGAUAGAAGAAAAGAUGUCGAAAGUGGUGAAAUUGUUGAAGAUAUAUAA